AUGCGGGGAGGGGGCCCCGCCGCCGCUGACCCCGGGGCGCAGCAUCUCUGCACCGAGCCCGGGGCCGGGCUGUGGUCUCUCCGGGAACACGGGGAGUGGAGACUGAGAAUUCACAGUGGAGAUAAACCAUAUGUAUGUAAGCAAUGUGGGAAAGCUUUAAACACACGUGCAAGUUAUAAGGUUCAUGAAAGAAUUCACACUGGAGAGAAACCCUAUGUAUGUAAGCAAUGUGGGAAAGCUUUUAAAACACAGGGAGAUUGUAAGAAUCAUGAAAGAAUUCACACUGGAGAGAAACCUUAUGCAUGUAAGCAAUGUGGGAAAGCUUUUACCAGACCUGGAUGUUGUAAGAAACAUGAAAGAAUUCACACUGGAGAGAAACCGUAUGUAUGUAAGCAAUGUGGGAAAGCUUUUACCAGACCUGGAUAUUGUAAGGAACAUGAAAGAAUUCACACUGGAGAGAAACCAUAUGUAUGUAAGCAAUGUGGGAAAGCUUUUAACACAUGGGGAUGCUGUAAGAAACAUGAAAGAAUUCACACUGGAGAGAAACCCUAUGUAUGUAAGCAAUGUGGGAAAGCUUUUACCAGACCUGAACGUUGUAAGGAACAUGAAAGAAUUCACACUGGAGAGAAACCAUAUGUAUGUAAGCAUUGUGGGAAAGCUUUUAACACACGUGCAAAUUGUAAUGUUCAUGAAAGAAUUCACACUGAAGAGAAAACAUAUGUAUGUAAGCAAUGUGGGAAAGCUUUUAACACAUGGGGAUACUGUAAGAAACAUGAAAGAAUUCACACUGGAGAGAGACCCUAUGUAUGUAAGCAAUGUGGGAAAGCUUUUAACACAAGUACAAAUUGUAAGGUUCAUGAAAGAAUUCACACUGGAGAGAAACCAUAUGUGUGUAAGCAAUGUGGGAAAGCU